AUGUCUAUUCUUCUAGUCGACUCGUACGAUUCGUUCACGUACAAUUUGCGCCACCUUGUUGAAAAAGCGACAGGCGCACAUGUGCUGACAAUUCAUAACGAUUCAUACGAUUUCCCGCGUGAGAAGGAGUCUCUCGACAAACUAGUUGGAUCAGUCGAUGCUAUCGUGAUCGGUCCAGGGCCUGGAAAUCCCAAUUCUGCGCAAGACGUAGGCAUCAUUCCCUAUCUCUUUGAGGCAUUUCCGAAGACCCCGAUUCUUGGAAUUUGCCUCGGGUUCCAAUGUUUAUGUCUGGCGCAUGGUUGCACAUUAAAGUAUCUCGAGCACCCUGUCCAUGGUCAGGUCAGCAAAAUCACCCCGAUAGAUAAAAGCUCCAUAUUCAGUGGUUUUGAUUCAGAAUUCAAUAGCGUGCGAUACCACUCAAUCUGUAUUUCCACGGUAACUGACGACAUUAUGCCCCUCGCCUAUUCGGAGGACCAAUGUUUGAUGGCAGCCAAACACGCACAAAAUCCACAUUUUGGCGUCCAGUACCAUCCAGAGUCCGCCUGCUCGGAGAUGGGGAGCAAACUGGUAUCGAACUUUUGGGCGUUGGUUGAGAAAAGUGAGAGAGUUCCUAUUAAAGACUCGCACCUUUUGCAGAUAGAACCACUGAUCAAGCACUUUCAAACCACCUCGGAGUUCGACUACAAAUAUGAAAAACUACCCAAAGUCGACAUCAUAUCGGCAUGCGAGCGAUUUUCAGACUCGCUCCUGCUAAACAGUGCCGUGUCACCGGGGGAAUGGUCCAUAAUAGGACUACCUGAGCAAGGAAGGAGCCUGGUGGUUGGCAACUCUCGCGAAGCAGGGUUGUCUAUUGGAACUUGGAAGGGAGAGACAAAGUCUCAUCCAGACUCGAUGUGGUCCUAUAUUUGCAACUAUAUGUCCCAGCGGUACUACGAGCCCACAAUCGAUGACCCAGAGCUGGCGAAAUGCCCGUUUGCUGGAGGUUUCAUUGGGUUUUUGUCGUACGAGGAAUCUCUACCGUUAACAGUGAGCAAAAUCACUCUAGGACCGACUCCAAGCACCAGGCUCUGUUUCGUGGAGCGGUUCAUUGUCAGCAACGACAAGCACACGUUUGUGGUGUCUAUUCGGCCAGGAGACAGUCAUUGGAUACAGCAAGCAAAGAGUCAGCUGCAAACCAAUAAAAGACCCGGCUUUUUAUCCUCAGUGCAAGCCAAAGUGGAAAAGCCGGACAAAAAAAGCUACGAGAAAAGCUUUCACGACUGCCAGAAGUAUCUUCACACUGGAGACUCAUACGAGUUAUGUCUGACUCGCCAGACCAAAAUACACGUUCCGAAAACCAUUGCUCCAUGGGAAAUAUACAAAUGCAUGGUAAAAAACAAUCCCUCCCCGUACUCAUGCUAUCUGGACUUCGGCGACGCAAGGCUUCUGUCGACGUCUCCCGAGCGGUUCCUUAGCUGGGACAACGAGCUGUCUCAGAUGAGGCCAAUAAAGGGGACUGUGAAAAAGGACUCGCAACUGACCUAUGCCAGAGCCUGCGAGCUGCUGAAAAUACCAAAAGAGAUUGGAGAAAACCUCAUGAUUGUGGACCUGAUUCGCCACGACCUCUACCAGAUGCUGGAGAAGGUCGAAGUGACGAAGCUCAUGUCCGUGGAAGAGUACCACACUGUGUACCAGCUGGUUUCAGUUAUCGAGGGCCGGUUGCAAGACAGUGGCUACUCGGGAAUUGAUAUAUUGCGGCACUCUCUUCCGCCAGGAUCGAUGACGGGGGCGCCAAAAAAGCGCAGCGUGGAGAUUCUUUGUGACCUUGAGGACAGAAUCCCAAGGGGAUUAUAUUCUGGAGUGUGCGGAUACUGGUCUGUCAAUAAUCACGCCGACUGGAGCGUGGUUAUCCGUUCGCUGUUCAACUACGAAGACGAUAUUUGCUCGACAGAGACCACGAGAUGCUUCAGAUGCGGUGCUGGCGGAGCAAUCACAGUACUGAGCACGUGCGAAGGCGAAUGGGAUGAACUGAACUUGAAACUAGAUAGUGUCUUGAAAAUAUUUAACUGA